AUGCCAGAGGCCCUAGGCGCCUCCAUGGCCCAGACCGAGCGGCUUACUUUGCUUUACGUUCCUGAAUAUGAGCCUGUAUGUCCUUGGUGGCCAGCAUGGCUGGAUUUCGGAGCGGCCUGUGAUCGUGGAGGCUGUUGCAGAAAGCCAUAUCUGGGCAUGUUGAUGCUGUUUUUCUUUUCGGUGGCUUUUUUAGCGACGUGGGACCAGAACGUCUUCGAAGACGUAACACCCUUGCCUUUCCAAGGUGGGUUCCAAAUUCGGACUGCGCAGAGUUUACACUUGAACGAGUCUGGGUCGUGCUUGUUGGACGAAGGCGAUUCUUGGAGGCUUAUCAGUCGUCAUUCAAGAAUAGCUGGCCUGCAGCCGUAUGCAUUUAAGCAGGUUGGAUCGAACAAGUGUUUGGCAGCGGAUGAAUGGGACGUCGGAUUAGCAAGCUGCGCUGAGAGCUCGACAGUUUGGAAUGUAGCGCCGGUGACACCUCCCCUUAGUUUUGUGGGCGAGACGAAGCAGCGGUUUUUGCUGAUUCACAACGACUCGGCGCGUUGUUUGAGUAUGGGCUCGACCCCCUCGACGACGAGCCAUUGGAGGAUGCGACCCUGCGUCCUUCACUGGCCUGUUGAGUUCGAUGAACUGAGUUCUGCAAGGCGUUACUCGUUUUGGCAAUUUGUUGGAGAUGGCGGGCUUGUGAUGGGGUGGAGCAACCUUACUGUAAACGUGUCUGCAGAAUGGAAUUGGCAUCACGCCUGCAGCAUGUACGCCGAUCGUGCGAUUGAACGUGUCCAGUUGAUGCAAUCCAGAAUUUUCGGUGUGACCCCUGCGCUCCAUGUAGUACUCAAACUCACUCUUGCAAACGUGUCUGUUUACUCGGACCUGAACGCCGGUACGAGCGGCAGGGCAAAGAUCUCAUGCUGGGUCACAGAGGGUGAGGCAGAUGCGGGUGAUGUGACUGACGUGUGCGGCUUAGAACCCAUGACACCACAAGCAGGUGGUGUCAAUGUCACGCUCGGUGAGUUCGAGGACGUGGCCUGGGAGUAUGCGCAUUAUUUUCCCGAGUACGAUGUCAGUGGCACGAACUGCCAAAUGUAUGCUGUAUGGGGGGCUCAGUUUAUCACCGGCCAACAUAUUCAAUCGCAGAGGGCACUCGGGGAGCUGCCCACGAACCACAUAGUUCAAAUCAUCGCAAGAAUCGCUGCGCUGGCGUGUUUGUUUGCUACUUGUAUUAACUGCUGUGAAAUCAAGAGGGUGGAGCUCGAGUUUGAGAUAGAUAAUUCUGCAGGGCCUGAAGCAGCGAGCUCCGAGCCGGAUCAGAGUGCUACACUGAUCAUUUGGCACGAUGGUGCUCAAUACGAAAGCCUCCAACAAGAUGAGGAUGCCACCCAGCAAGGUCACCAGCAAGACAUCGGCCAAGAGGACAGCCGUGGACGUGGCCCCACCGAGAUUAAACUAUCCCCGGUGAUGUCAGUGGUGCUACUCUGUUGCCUGGGGUUGAUUUCCAAAGUCGCCAGAGCCUGCUGGUGUUUUUGGUGCACAUGUCUGGGAGCAUGCUGUGUUCCUUAUAUCGCGUUGCGAAUCGCGAUCAGGAGAUGCAUCACACCUGAGUGGUUGGCUGACCUCGUUGGCUUUGUAUUCAUGACGAAGUUUGUCCACUUCAUGUAUGGGCUUUGUUUGACGCUCUUUGCCAGUGGAUUUGGAGUUAUGCCAUGCCUGAGACGUGGCUGA